AUGGUCAAUAAAAGGUCUCUCGAGCAACCCAAUGGCUCAAAAAAGAAGAAGUUUAAACUUUCGUCAGGAUUCCUAGAUCCUUCAACAUCGGGCGUAUAUGCUACGUGCGCCAGAAAGCAUGAAAAGCAGGCGGCCCAGGAAUUAGGCUUGCUCUUUGAAGAAAAGGUGGAGGAAAUGUACGGCGACCAGUUGGAAAAUGCGGAUGAGAAGACCGAAAUCGAGAACCAAGAAUCUUGUGAUUCCAAACAGAAGCUGUCCAUAGAGGAAGAGAUUAAUCGUGAACUGUCGGAAUUGCAAGACAAAAACAAAUCCAAGAAUGAAAGCAAAAACAAUAAGAAAGAGGUCCUUCAGUUCAUUCAUCUGGAUUGCGAAUGUGUCAUAUUUUGUAAAACCAGGAAACCUGUCAUACCAGAGCAGUUUGUGCACAGUCUAAUUGAAAAUCUUGCUGAUCCUGCAAACAUGGAGAAGCGGACAAGGUAUAUUCAAAAACUGACACCUAUAACCUCUUCAUGUAGCGCCAGUAUGGAUCAAUUAAUCAAAUUAGCCGAACGUGUAUUAGCACCUCAUUUCCAUGGUGAAAAUGGCAGCAAACAUUACAAAUUUGCAGUGGAAGUAACAAGACGAAAUUUCAAUACUUUUGAAAGACUUGACAUUAUUAAACAAGUGGUUGCUCAAGUGAUCCAGAAUGGUAAAUAUAACCAUGAGGUAAAUUUGAAAGAUUACGACAAACUGAUAUUAAUAGAAUGCUUUAAAAAUAAUAUAGGAAUGUCCGUUGUAGAUGGUGACUAUUCAAAGAGCUAUAAAAAGUACAACGUGCAACAAAUUUAUGAAGCUAAGAUGAAAGAACAUGCAAAAAAGUAA